AUGGACGACCCUCUUGCUGUGGCCGACAAGAUACGACAGCAUUACGAACGAUGGAUGGUCGUCACCAACCGAGCACAGCCACGAGAAACCGACGCGAGACAAUCGCGUCUUGAGCACCUGGAAGAUUUGAUCACGAACCAGCUCAAGUUUACACGUGCUGACACCCAAGGCAACGUCAACGCGAAGCCGAUCAAGUUGCUGAUUCUCGAGCAAGCGAGGCUGGAACAGGAGAUCGAGGAGGAGAAAGAAGCUUACGCGAAGGAACUCCAAGCUGCCAUUGAGCAGCUACUCAAGGCCUUGCAUGAUAUCUCCCCUCUGCCGACCCCUCGCGCGUCCACGCUACCAACCGCGAUUGUUGGUAUCCAGGUCGAGACACCAACAAGCGAAGCCUCCUCAUUGAACCCCAACGCCCGCGGCGCCGAUCGUGAUACGAGCCAGGCUCAACAUAGAAUCACAGUGCUUAGCAACGACAGCCAUUCUGCACCGACCCUCGAACUAAACACUCGGAGAAUCCAGACUCAUGGGCGAGAACCUGCCAUCUACCGAUCACCCCCCCGGCCAUGUUCCCAACAGCCAAGCCACGCACCCACACACAAGAGACCCCCAAAUACGUCCGCGGUGCCGAUUCCUCACCCAAAGCGGGCCCGACUCGAGGAACAGCCUCUCUCCUUGACACCCGGCCGGUCCAUCGAGUUCCGCGACGUCUUCCAAAACGGCACGGGUGCAGUCAAGUACAAAAUCGUACAGUUCCCUUACGAUACAGGACAGUGGUAUAUUUUGGAAUGCAAGGACUGUGACAAGAUCUUCGCGGCCGACUUUCCCCUCAGUGAAGCCCAGCUACAUCUCAGCGUCAAUCACACUGCCUACGCUUCCGCAUCGCUUGAAGUCACCAUCCAGAGGUUCGGCACUCGCGUGUUACACUGCACCGCGGAGCUAGCCCGGAGCAACAAUAACGCCAACAAAAGCCUGCUGGGAGUUGUCAACUCGGCUGGCCCUCAUACUACCUCUCAACUCACAAGAGCCCCCUCUCGCGGCAGGCCCAAGAAAAAGGCCAAGACGAAGCCUUACCAGUGGGAAGCGCCCAAGAGCUACAGCGAGCUCAAGACAGAAGUUCUUAACCCACAGCCGGGCGACAUUUUUGCCUGUUGGCAAAAGCCUAGGGGCUUCUACCCCGUCAUGAUUGUUCCCUGGGGGCGUUUUGAGCGUUUCGAAUUUGUCCACACCCUCCAACACACAGGUCUUGAUGAGGAGAUCCCCGGCUGCUACGCUCAGGCCCAGAAGACCGAUACGAGACCCCGACCGUGGGCAGAGGGUUAUGAGAACCAUGGGUUGCGGGCCCACAAACGCAUGUAUCCCGUCCUCUUCUUCGACAAGGUCAACUUUCCAAGAGGGUGCUCUGUAGGCUGGGUUCCACUUCAUGACUUGAAAAUGUUUGACGAGAAUUGUCCUCAUACUCUACGCAAGCAGCUAGUUAAGGAUUACCUGGAGUAUCAGGCUGAGUGUGACACCGAGGCAGCGGAAAAGGCAACACGGGAGCAACUCAGAGGCUUGGCUGGGGCUACGAAUUGUGGUCCAAUACCGCGCCCUUGGCCAUGCCAGUAG